CAAGUUCAAAGCAACCACACUUGUCCAGCACUGGAUUGACACUGGAGAUGCCCAGCCCAUCGUUGAUGUUUGAUAAGCAUCAGGCAACCACACAAUCAUACCAGUGAGAAACCAUUCCUCCUCAGAUCUCACACUGAAAGCAGAAGCCCCCGACCGCGUCCCCAGCUCCCGUCAGGCUGCCGGAGCCGCCUCUGGAGGCAGCAGAAGCCCCCGUCGGACUCCCCCAGCUCCCACCUUCUCUCUGCCGGCCUUGGUGCUGCUCUACCUUCGAUGGCCAGUGUCAAACGGGGGUUGAGUCACACAAGACUAAGGAUGGAGGACAAUGUGCAGGAUAUUCAGGAUGCACAGGGCAAACAGGACUACAGCUCAAUGCCCUGCCUGGCCUGUAGAGGGCGUACUCAUCUCUUAUUAGAUCCGCAAGGCAGCGGAGAAGACCCUGCUGGGGUGUCUGGCUUUGGUUGCGGAACGGGAGCAGGGGAGGUGGCAGAGCGAGCGCAGAGGGGUGUGGCUAAGGGCAGGGAUGAUGCAGUGGCGGGUGACAGUGAGCUGAAACUGCACUCCUGUGAGCUGUGUGGCUUUUCCACACGCUACGCUAACCACGUGAAGCGGCACAUGAAGACGCACAGUGGCGAGAGGCCCUAUCGCUGCCCGCUGUGCGCUUACGCCUCCGGCCAGCUGGUCAACCUGCAACGGCACGUGCGUGUGCACACGGGCGAGAAGCCCUAUGGGUGCCGGCUCUGCGCUUUUGCCUGCAGUUCCCUGGGCAACCUCAAGAGGCACCAGCGCAUGCACACACUGGGCAGACAUGGCCGUCGUCCCGGCGGGAGCCAGGCAAGGCUAAUGGCUGGUCGGCGACCAGGAAAAGGGCCCCCAGGAGACCGAGACACUGUGGCACCAAAGAUGGUGGCGCAUGUGAGCAGCGAUGGUGGCUGCCGAAGCUACAGCGAGUCAGGGAGCCCGCCGGACACGGAGAAGCCAGCGAAGGGGGCGGGGGAAGCAGCAGGGGGUGGGGAGGAUGGCCUUCCCGGGCUGCCAUUUUCAUCGGCCUGCAGACUGUGCGGCCGGGACACGGCCGAGCGAGGGAGCGCAUGCGGUCGCAUCUGCGGAAGGUGCAUGCUGGACGUACUGUCCAAGGAGCUCCCCAGGGUCCUGGCCGGCGAUGGCGAAAAGGCGUACCAGUGCGCCGUGUGCCCCUUCGUCACCCACUACCCCAACCACCUGGUACGGCACAUGAAGACUCACAGUGGAGAAAAGCCCUACCGCUGCUCCGAGUGCGACUACGCUUCUGCCCACCUGGACAACCUCAAGCGGCACCACCGCGUCCACACGGGCGAGAAGCCCUACCGCUGCCAGCUGUGCGACUACGCCUGCGGCAACCUGGCCAACCUGCGACGGCACCAGCGCGUGCACUCCGGCGCCAAGCCCUUCCAGUGCACCGUCUGCAGCUACAGCUGCAACCAGAGCAUGAACCUGAAGCGCCACAUGCUCCGGCACACUGGCUGCAAGCCCUUCUGCUGCCCCGAGUGCCCCUACGCCACUGGCCACUGGGACAACUACAAGCGCCACCAGAGGAAGCACGGCCGCCCGGCUGGGGGCUGGCUCAGGGUGCGGCUGCCCAACGAUGGGGGAGGAGAGGAGGAGGAGGAGGAGGAGGAGGGGGGAGAGGAGGAGGCGCGGCUGGAUCAGCUGGAGUAG